AUGGCAUCAUUUGCCGUUGUGGUCUUAGUUGUGUUUGGAUACGCAUUUAGUAAUUCAUAUUUUGCACAAUAUCCAAUUGAACGUGUUGGUCCAUCAAUGUUCGCUUGUGAUAUGGAUAUUCGCAAUGCAAAAUUUAGUAGUGGACUGCGUUCCAUAUCUUCAACUGUAUCAGAAGAUGAACAAUUAAUUUAUGAUAUUAUCUUUUCGAACUGA